UCCUGGUCUCCUCAUCUUAACUUCCUCUGACGUUCAUUUUGGCGUUCAGAAGCAGCGUUUCAUAUCAAAUCCUCAAGAUGAUUGUCGCUCGAGUCUCUCCAUGUCGUUUCCCGCUGGCAGCGCAUCCAGCAAUAGCAGUCGUUGUACGUCAGAAGAUUGGGUUCAACAAGCCAGCGGCUUAACAAUAGCUGCCCCUCUCAAGAUCGGAGGGUCAGUCAUGGCUACAGAUACCAGAAACGAACUCAUUGCCACGCCCUCGUCCGUGUCCUCAAAACCGCAACUUACUCCAUUAAACACUUCUUUUGACUCGAGUUUGCGUGGUUACCCGAACCAUAAUGCUCCUAUGGAUGGUAUACAACACGAUUCGACUUCAGUAGAACACUCCGCUUCAUCCGAGUCUCUACCACGCGCUUUUCCUCACAUUCCGCCUAGUAUCAGUGUUCAGCCUCCAACCCCUGACAUGCCGGCCGCCCACCUGAUAUUUACUCGCUCCUCGACUCCGUUGUCUGACAGUAGCAUGUCAAUAUCAACCUCACCAGUGUCGUUCACCAGUUCACCACUUCGGCGUAAGUUUACCAUGGGUCCCCGGGCGGACUGUGAAAAAUGUCGAUUGGGAGUCAAAGGCCAUUCGGUGCACCUUGAUUAGAUUUCCGCGGUGGUCGAGGGUCCACCUACUUACGAUUUAGCAGCCGGUCUCCUGAUUUCUAGGAUAGAGAAGCCAUAGUAAUAAUUUGUAUCAUAGUCCACGAGCGUCAAGUAACCAUUUUACAGCAGUUUGCAG